ACAAAAAAACUUAGCUCCCAAGCUUUGCUUCUUCAGCCCCACUCCCGCUCCCCUGUCUGCUCUAAACAUCAAACCAUUCAACCAUAAGAAAUCCAUUUGAAAUUUCAAAGGUCGUUCAGGCCAAGUCCAUGUCCAUAGCUUACUAUAAUACUUUACCAUUCGAAGGAUCUACUAAAUUUCUUCAGUUUCCAACUCUGCUGCAGAGCAAGAAACUAUUGAUUCUAGAGAAAAGUGCAUUUCCAGAGUAGAAAGUGAUGCUCUUGGGCAUGAAAUAGAUAUCAAGCACCAUCAUACUCAGACAUUAUUAAGGUGAAUAAACAUUACAAAAUGGAGAAUGACCGGAGCUGGGAGCAGAACACACUCAUCAAUGAGCUAGUUCAAGGGAUGGAGGUAGCAAGGAAGUUGAAGGCAGACUUGAGGACACCAUAUUCAGUUGACACAAGGGAUAUGAUGGUUCAGAGGAUAUUAUCUUCUUAUGAAAAAGCUUUACUAAUUCUAAGAUGGAAUGUAUCAACUUCCGAGUUGCAGGGCAUGAGUCAAGCAACAUCAACUUUGUUACCAGAGUCCCCAAUAUCUGUCAACGGAAGUCCUCUGAGGAAGGACAUUGAUGGGGCCAUCAAGGAUCCCGAGGAGGUUAAACACGAUUCAAAGAAAAGAAAGAUAAUUCCCAAAUGGGUGGAUCAAAUAAGAGUGAGCUCCGAGAGUGGCCUCGAAGGACCAUAUGAAGAUGGCUACAACUGGAGAAAAUAUGGUCAGAAAGACAUCCUCGGUACCAAAUAUCCCAGAAGUUACUAUAGGUGCACCUUCCGCAACACUCAGGGCUGCUGGGCCACCAAGCAAGUACAGAGAUCAGAUGAAGAUCCCACUAUAUUUGACAUAACUUACAGAGGAUUGCACACCUGUUCUCAGGGAAACAAUGCCGUUCAGCCAACUAAAUCACCGGACAAACAAGAGAGACCACAAAGUCAUAAUAAUGAUAUUCACCAUGCACAGGCAUCACAAGAAAGCCUUGCAAAGUUCAGAAACAUCUUGACUGUCAGUACGGAUAAGCUGGGAAAUGAAGAAAUGACAUAUCCUUUCACUUUCCCUUCGACCUCAUUUGGAUGCAUGCCACGAGAAAACCACAGCUUGAUUCCUUUGCCCCUAGAGAAUGAUUCCUUCUUGAGCAGCCUUUUCCAAGCACACUUAUUAUCUCAAACAACACCGGAAUCAAACUAUUUCUCAUCUCCAACUUUCCAGAUGAAUGAGUUUGAUGGGGACUACAAGAAGCCACGUUCGGAAUCUGAUAUUACUGAGAUCAUUUCCACCAACACAUCAGCCACCAAUUCUCCAAUUCCCGAUUUCAAUAUCUCACUUGAUCCAGUGGGAAUUGAUCCCAAUUUCCCUUUCAAUACCCCAGGAUUUUUCUCCUAAAUGCACUGAAGAAUAAAUGGAAUAUUAUAAGGAUAAAGUCAUAAUAGAAUAGGACAACUUCAGACAGUACUAGAAUUGUAGAACAAUGAAUCAGCAAUGGUAGCACUAAUAAAUGUCCUUAUAGUCAAUAUUAGAACUACAAUUUU